CGUCGAACUUCGCAUCCUCUAGGAACCCAUCUCGCGGGCUGGUACGUGCAUAUGGAUGAUGCAUGAAUUUCGAAUUCUGCCUUAGCUGUGGCCGGCUUGUGACAAGCUGACUUCAGCUGUCCCAGAGACCGACCGACCUCUGCGGGUUUGGAGCAACAAUAUAUUGCCCAUGGCCAACGCAUGGCAAUUGUUCUUCAUCCCAGAGAUCUUUUCUCCUUUCGCUUCUUCAUCUUCUUCAUCGUCUUCUCUUCUCGAGCAGUCUCUCGUGAUCAGUACCCCGUCCGUGCUUUGCGACCUCGUGUUCUCCGUGGGUACGCAGCCUCACGUGUCAUACCCAGCCUCGCGUGCAGCCUUGUGCAGAGCCCGCACUCUUUCGCGUUCAAGAUGAAGUCGCUCGCUAUCGUCGCCUCGACUCUCACUCUCUUCGCAAACGCACAGCUUUCAUACAAUGCUGGCGAAAAGACCAUCAAGUGCCCCAAACCGUCCGGCACGUUCUGCGUCGGCCCUGCGUCGGGCCUUCUCGUGACGUGCACCAACGGCGUCGGCGCCGUGUCCUUGUGCGGCGGCAGCGCAACCUGCUCGCAAACGUCGCCCUCCUCUGGCGACGCCGCAUGCUCCGCCACCUCACAGGGCUCGUCCGGCGGCUCGGGCCCGUGGGUCAUGGACUCCGGAAGCGAGGACUGCAACUGCACCAAGCCGUCGCCGCCUGCUGCGUCGAGCAAGCCUGUUUUCCCGGUGGUGACGCCGUCGUCUCGAUGGGCCAACGUGAGCACGCCGUCCACCACGAGGUCGUCGACGCCGGUGCAGCCUGUGGUUCCGUCGUCGACGCCGUGCCUGACGACUUCAGUGCCGCCCGUCGUUCCCUCUUCCAAAUCAACGUACAAGAGCAUGGGCACUGGCUCCGCUCAACAUUCGUCCAGCGCCACGACGCUGAACUCGAGCUGGAAGCCGACCUUGUCACCCAGUUCGACCCAGCCAUCUGUCACCAUCCCAGCACCUGUUCAAGCCACAGGCGGUGCCAUCAGCGGGAAGAGCAUCCACGCUCUCGCCCUCGGCCUGGCUGGCGCGGUUGUUGCUCUUGCCUAGAUUUUCCUCGGUUGAGCACAUGGGACACGCUAAAUACCGCAUUCCGUUCCUUUCUUCGUCCUGUACGUUCUGAUUGAGAUAGUUUUGGUUUUAAUUUGGAAAGAGCAAGAUCUUGACUGGAAAACGAGAGGUUCACGGCUUGCAAAUUUGCGUACAUUGUUCUGGAACAUGCCUUAUGAUAGAGUAUGUGAUAUAUAUGAAUCAAAGUAAUGUACGACUAGACGGAGAUGGAAGUCGCAAGAAUUCAAAAC